AUGGCGGGUUGCGUCCUCCAAGCCGCUCGUCGCGGCCCGUCGCACCCCCGCUUGCUUGUAGCGUUCGUGUCGGUCCUCGCUGUGCUCUCCGCGGCUCGCAUCGGGCGCCACGCGUGGGGUCACGUCGGCCACGCGUUCACCUGCGCCAUCGCGCAGGCAGCAGCAGCAGUGGCGGCGCUGCUCCCCCCCACAGCCAGGGGCAGCCUCCCUGCGGUGUGCGUGCCUUAUGGGCUGAUCAUCCCUCAUCUUUCCCAUCUGUGGCUCGCUCAUCCUCGAACCCCAAUUGCCCAUCCAGGCUCUUCUGACCAACGAGGCAGCAGCAGCAGUGAAGGCGCUGCUUCCCCCCGUCGCUGA